CCCUUUCCCGCCGUAAAGCCGUUUGGGAACUUGUGGAGGCGGAGUGGUAGAGUGCAGAGACGAGAUCGCGAAGCUUUGAAAAGCGCGGGCAACAUCCGGGCACCUGGGCCGUCGAGCUGAGGCGCGCCUUCCGAGCCUGCUUUUUAGGGCGGAUGGCAACCAUGCUGAAGUGCGUGAUGAGCGGCAGUCAGUAUUUGGGAAAGCAGUUCAAGCUCUAUCACGAAUUAGUGACGAGCUCUGGCUAGACCCAUCUAAAAAAGGUCUUGCUCUAAGAUGUGUGAAUUCUUCUCGGUCAGCAUAUGGAUGUGUCCUGUUCUCUCCUGUGUUUUUUCAACAUUAUCAAUGGUCAGCUUUAGUGAAAAUGAAUGAAAAUGAACUUGACCCAACACUGAAUUUAAAAUGCAAAUUGGGAAUGAAGUCAAUUUUGCCCAUCUUUAGAUGUCUGAAUUCCCUUGAAAGAAAUAUAGAGAAGUGCAAAAUAUUCACCAGAUCUGAUAAAUGCAAAGUAGUUAUUCAAUUCUUCUACAGACAUGGUAUUAAAAGAACUCAUAAUAUAUGUUUUCAAGAAAGUCAGCCUUUGCAAGUUAUUUUUGACAAGAAUGUUUGUACUAAUACGCUAAUGAUUCAACCAAGAUUGCUUGCUGAUGCCAUUGUUCUUUUUACAUCAAGUCAAGAGGAAGUUACUCUUGCUGUUACUCCACUGAAUUUUUGCCUCAAGAGUUCUAAUGAGGAAUCAAUGGAUUUGAGCAAUGCUGUGUACAGUGAGAUGUUCGUUGGCUCAGAUGAGUUUGACUUCUUUCAAAUUGGAAUGGACACUGAGAUAACGUUUUGUUUCAAAGAAUUGAAGGGAAUACUGACAUUUUCAGAAGCUACACAUGCUCCUAUAUCCAUUUAUUUUGAUUUCCCUGGGAAACCUCUGGCUUUAAGUAUUGAUGAUAUGUUAGUGGAAGCUAACUUUAUUUUGGCCACAUUAGCUGAGGAACCAAGUAGAGCAUCUUCACCGCAGUCACUGUGUCUUUCACAGAAACGAAAAAGGUCAGAUCUGAUUGAAAAAAAGGCUGGCAAAAAUGUAACUGGCCAGGCCCUGGAAUGUAUUUCAAGAAAAGCAGCACCAAGAAGGCUUUAUCCUAAGAAGACUCUCACAAACAUAUCUGCAUUGGAAAACUGUGGAAGCCCUGCAAUGAAAAGAGUGGAUGGAGAUGUCAGUGAAGUAUCAGAAAGCAGUGUCAGCAACACAGAGGAAGUGCCAGGGUCUCUGUGUCUCAGAAAGUUUUCUUGCAUAUUCUUUGGAGCAGUUUCUUCUGACCAGCAAGAACACUUCAACCACCCUUUCGACAGUCUGGCAAAAGCAAGUGACAGUGAAGAGGACAUGAAUAAUGGCAGUUUCUCUAUAUUCUAAUCCUUAAUGAUGGCUGAGCUGGCCCCCAGCCCAGUGACUGGCUCAUUUGCCCCUCAAGCACGAGUUUGCAUGUUUAGUAUCUAAAAGAGGUUGUCCAGGACUUCCUUUUAAUGGAGGAUGGGCUUUUAAACCACAUCAUCCUGUACAACAACCAUAUCUAGAAAUAGCUGUUUGUCAAGUAUAUGUAACUUGCUUUAAAUCCAUUAUGCUACUUGGGAGGCAGAAGUUUUCUGUGAAGGAAAAAAGCCCAUUAGACUUCUUCAAUGCACAUUCACCCUAGAGCUUUUAACAUCUUUGCUAGUUUUAUAAAGGUAUUUAAACUUUAUUCAACAGCCAUUUGGAGUGCCAUCAAGAUGGCUUGAAAUGGAAUUUUGUGAUUUGUAGUCAGGUAUCUUUUGUAUUUGAUUGCAAACAUUUGGAUUUUAGUUUUCUCAUGUAAUACCAUGGCCUUUUUUGUCCAUUGUUUUUUAUAUUUUAAGACUUUAAGUAGAAUAAACCCUGGAAAAAAGAUGAGUAAAAGUAUAUAGUCACCUUCACUUGUUUUUUUUAGAUAGAGUCUCACUUUGUCACUCAGGCUCAAGUGCAGUGGUGCGAUCUCUGCUCACUGCAACAUCUGUCUCCCGGGUCCAAGCAAUUCUCCUGCUUCAGCCUCCCGUGUAGCUGGGAUUGCAGGUGCGUGCCACUAUGCCUGGCUAAUUUUUGGUAUUUUGUAGAGACAGGGUUUCGCCAUGUUGGCCAGGCUGGUCUUGAACUCCUGACCUCAAGUGAUCUGCCCACCUCAGCCUCCCAAAGUGCUGGGAUUACAGACUUGAGCCACCGCACCCAGCCUGGAGUGUUUUUACAUAUUGUAAAAUUUUAUUUCCUAACCUCAAAUUGUUGAUUUUCAGAUGUGAUUUUUUAUUUUGCAGUGUGCUGCAUAAAAGAAUUUAAUGGAAGUGGUACCAAAUAUUUCUGUAUUAUCUGACAUAGAACAGUAUCCUCCACUGCCAAGACAGCCUGAGUUUGGAGUGGAAUAAGGUGGAAGAUAAAUGUCUCUGUUCUUUGGCUCUUUAAGAGUUAGCUUUUUACCUGCACAAAUGGACUAAAAAAUCUGGCACAAACAUUGUUAUGUAAUGUCUUAUGAUGUGUGCCUCUCCCUCCCCCAAACCUGUUUACAGUCAAUUAUAACCUGACAAACGAGA